ACCAUUCUCCCCAAACCGUCACCGCGCGUGUCAACAAACGACUUCGGAACCUAUGCUCAUAACAGAAAAUCCGAGGUUAUAGCAUUCGACGAGUCGAAAACCAGCGUCAAAGGUGUCCUCGAUUCGCGGGGGUCACAAAAAUCCCUCCCAUGUUCCACGUCAACGUGGACCUCACCGACACCUCACCCAACAACGACUUCACCAUCCCAAUCGUGGACCUUCGAGACAAGGUUCGGCGCGUGGAGGUAGUUGACAAGGUUCGUGGAAUUCGUGGGUUUCAUGAAAAAAAUGGUGAACAGAGGAAAAGGUUUUAUUCACGCGAUAAUGAGAAGCGAGUGAGGUAUUUUUCCAACGGGAAGCUCUUCAGAUACAUGGCUGCUAAUUGGAGAGACAACAUUGUGUUUGUUGCGAAUUCUGAGCCUCCCAACUCUGCUGAAAUGCCACCUCUAUGCAGAGAUAUUGUGGCUGAAUAUACCAAAAAAGUAAGGGUGUUGGGCAUUACAAUCUUUGAGCUAUUGUCAGAGGCUCUUGGCCUUAAACCUUCUUACUUCAAAGAAAUGGACUGCGCUGAGGCACUUUAUAUUUUGGGUCAAUACUAUCCACAAUGGCCUGAACCUGAACUCACCAUGGGCAUUACAAAGCACACUGACUGUGACUUCAUGACAAUACUUCUGCAAGACAUGAUAGUUGGCCUUCAAAUUCUGCAUGAGAAUCAAUGGAUUAACGUUCCUCCGGUGCGUGGAGCUCUUGUUGUAACCAUUGGAGAUAUUCUACAGCUUGUGACGAAUGACAGGUUCAUCAGUGUUUAUCCCCAGGUCUUGUCGAAGAAUAUAGGCCCUCGAAUUUCUGUAGCAACCUUCUUCAUGAACUAUACAAUAUCUGAAUGUACAUCGAAGAUUUAUGGUCCAAUAAAGGAAUUGUUAUCAGAAGAAAACCCUCCAGUCUAUAGGGACAUUACUAUGAAAGAAAUCUUGACAAAUUAUUAUGCAAAAGGCCUUGAUGGGAACUCUUACUCGCAGCCCUUAAGGUUGUGAUUGUGAAGCAAAUUAAAGUAUUAGAUGGGUGGUUGCCCUCAUGAUUCUCAUUGAGAUGGCUUUAGCCUGCAUUUACCAUGGUUAACUCUUGCCUUUUGCUGUCAUUUUCAGUAUCUUGUUAAAUUUCUAUAAACAGCAUUCUUUAAGUUCUAGAGGCAAAAGGUAAUGCCAUAUUUAAUUAAUUUUACUAAGGAGGAUAACUUCCUGUAUUAUGAAAAUAACUUCACAUGUUCUUGUGAAAGUCAACAUAAUUUUCAGCUUUUUUGUUGCUGUCAAGCGCUUGAAGAUCCAUAUAUUGCGUACUUUUUAAAUUUA